AUGCCUAAUUCCCAACCCAUCUCUUCAGACCCUCGCCGAUCGUCGAUUCCCGCCCCUGUGGAGACCGAUGCCCACGAUGACAACGUGAACUUCCUGCGAUCGCGACCUGCUCUUUUCAACCCGUUACUACCCUCCUUGAGCCGACAACGCCGCCGUCGGUAUCCAGCCAACCCCCAACCAGAGGCCGAUCGCAUGGAGGUGGAUGACCCAAACAACCGCACUGUCGAACUCAAUCGUCGCAUCCCUAUCCAUCGAGAAGAAUCCACGAUGCCAAAUUACGAGGGUCGAGGGCCCAACUCCCGCUCCCUGUAUGGCUGGGCGCCUGGAUCAGAUGACGAAGUCGCGCGCGAGGAAUCGGAGGAUGAUCAAGUGCAGCCAUUCCUCCAUGCCGUCUCAGGCCGAACAGCCACCCGACCUCCGCGACAUGAACUUCCAGGCCCCGCGCAACUCGUCCCUCAAGAUUCUGGAGCCUUGCCCGCAACCAACCGGGCGCGAACGCCGAUCUCCGCCAUGGCGGCCUUAUUACAAUCUGCAAGGCGUCAACCUCGUCUAGCAAGAACUCGCACACUCGAAAAUUACCUCCUGGAUCGAUAUCCUGAGCCCACGGAAAACCAAGAAGUGGAAAAUGAGCAUGCGGUGGCGUCUGCAUCUCGCGCAUACCGCUAUCGCCCCUCAAAUCGGUCCGACUCGCAACAAACCACCCACACCCACAACGAUCUCCGCGCUCGUGCUGCCGCUCACCGCCAGCUCCAGGCAGACGGGUUCUCAAACGACAUUUUGAAGGAAACAAUAAACUAUCUCGAUCGUCUGCGAUACUCGAGUUCCCUUGAAGAGAGCAUGCUCGCCGCGGCCGACAGCCGGUUACCAUUCUCGAUGGACAACAAAUCGUGGCGAGACUCCGAUUUCAUCCUCUACACACCCAAUAUUGCACCCCCAGCAGCAUGCUCAUGGCUUCGAUCGGGUAUGGCCUUUGCAGGCUGCCAGCGCGCCGCGAGUGCCGGAUCCUCCAUCCUCCCGCAGCGGAUCUCCAACUUGCACGCACCUACCGAACCGGUCAUCGUGAAUGGAAGUGAAAGCGAUGCUCGGCCGAGCAGUACCCCUGCGACAAGGCGUCGAACUUUAACCAACCCUCGUGACGAGAACUGGCCCGUCAAAGUCACCAUCCAUCAUAUCAACGAGGAGGAAAUGACGCUGUCAGGAACCAUGGAAGCCUAUAACAUCCCCGAUAAGACUUCCCCAACACACGAUGCACACAUUGUGACAUUUUUGGAGGGUGAAAUCAUCGACUUCAACAAACAUACACUGGAGACCAAAAAUUUCAAAGCAGAUGCCGACAUCGAUAGUACAUACUGGCGAGAACUGCAGCCUUUCAAGGAUCUGACAGAUGCAGAGAUUGCGCGUAAUCUCGUCAGUCGCAAAUGGAUUACAGAAGAAUUAUCCAAGGGUUGGAUCUUGAUGAGAUGGAAGGAGCGAUGCUUCAUCACGCCCACCGACGCCCGCCAAGGCUUGACCAUCUCUGGGUUCUAUUACAUCUCUCUUCGACGCGAAGACGGACACAUCGAAGGUCUUUAUUACGAUCCCGGAAGUUCACCAUAUCAACAGUUGUCUCUGAAGCCAGAGAUGACCAAAAUGGUCCGCCCGGCUUAUGACUUCCGCUAA